AUGCCGAUUCUCUUAACGAAUUUCUUACUACUGUUUAUUUCCUUAAAAGUAGCAGAUUCUUGUACUCCAUUCAAUUCGGGUACUGCUGAUCUAUCGGGAGUGAAUGUGGGUGGAACUCAAGCACCCCCAGCUUUACCAUUCCUUGGAAUUGCCGGUCUUGAGUCAAAUCGAGCUCUAGGCGUCGAUAAUAAGCCAGCAUUGCCAAUUGCUACUGGAAAUCAAAAUUCAAUUGUUUCCGCGAGUCAAUUAUUCUGCUAUGAUUUUGAUGAGAAAUGUCGAUGGAAAAAUAUGGAUGGGAUCUUGGUGGAUGAGCUGGAUUGGUUCCAAGGAAUUGGCUAUUUAGAUGAAAAUCGAAUCCAAGUUGCAACUGGCACAAGAAUUACUCCUGAGGGCUAUUAUGCAAUUGCUGCCUCGGAACGUGUUUUGGGGAUGACUGGGAAAGCGAUUCUUGUCAGUGAUGUGAUUCAAUGUCAAAGAGGGAUGGCUGAUCUAAAGUUUUCAUAUUGGACUUCUCCAAAAGUUCAACUCCGUGUCUGCACAAAGAAAAUCAAUCGUCUUCUGCCCGAUUACGAGCAAUGCAGUGGACCGAUUGAAGACGGAGACCCUGGACCGGCUUUGAUUCCGAUACCUGAUCAAGGACAAGAUUCUUUUCAAAUUUAUAUUAUUGCUGAAAAUUUCGUCUGGCAAGCAAUCGGUAUGCAAGGAGGCUUUGCGGUGAUUGAUAGCAUUGAAUAUCGAGGGCAAAUGUGUGGAGAAGAUUAUUCCCACGAAGAGCCUCAAGGCUUUACAAGUGAAGAGAUCUUCGAAGAAACUCCCCCACCUUUACCACCAGUACCCAACUUCAGCGCUGAAAGAUUCCCAACACUGGUUGAAAAUCAGAAAAGAGAUAACGAAGUGAAAGAGUAUCCAUAUGAACUUCCAAAGAAGAUCAAGAUUCACAAGCUAGAAUUUGGUCCAGAAGACAUUGAGGCUUUGGCUAGACAUUUCCGAGAUGAGCCUAGAUACACAUUGGAGUCAACAGAUUCCGCUAACAUAAAAGAAUCAAGCAAAGAUUUUCCCCAAAAAGAUGAAGUGACCAAUUCCGAUGAAGAGUUAAAGCGAUUGCAUGUUAAAGCGGCUAAAAUUGAUGCAAAUGAUAUGGAUAUGAUUGGCAACAACACAACGAUUGAUGAGAGUGAGGUGAAAGCAGUUGAGAUUCCGGAUGCAUGCGAGAUUUUGAGUUGUCCAUACAAUAAAGGAGCUUGCAUUGAAUACACAAAACAAGGCGGAUGGUUGGUUUCCGACUCUCCAGUGGGAAAUCCAUUGACUGGGAUCCGCGGUGAUGCAACAGUGUUGCCAUACAAUAAAGAUGGUUCAUUCGCAUAUCUGGAAGGUCCAAAGAAUUUCGCCCGUUUGGUGACUCCAGCAUUCGAUUUGGCUCACGAUGUCUAUUUCGUUUUCGCUUAUCACAAAGCUCCAACGAUAACGAAAGAAUCAAGAAGAUGGUUCAGAGAAGGGAAAGUGUUACAAAGAGCUUUAUAUCAAUAUAUUGCUUUUGAAGUUCGGAAUCUUACUUCAAAUAAUUACAUUGGAAUUGACGAGUUGAUGAUUUUGGACUCAAAGAGGCAACCAUUUUGUGCACAAUCCGAAUUGAAU